AUGGUGACUAGGAAGCCGGUAGCUCUUGUCGGGAGUAGUUGCAGACUUCCUGGGGGAGCGUCAUCACCAUCAAGAUUUUGGAAUCUGCUGCAUCACCCUAUCGACCUCCGAAAAGAAGUUCCACAAGCUCGAUUCAACCCUGAUGCCUUCUACGAUCCAAAGCCGGAGCACCAUGGUACUUCGAACGUCAGGGCGGCUUACUUCUGUGAUGACGACCCUUCCCGAUUUGAUGCCGAGUUUUUCGGUAUUCAUCCACGAGAAGCAGAGGCAAUGGAUCCUCAGCAACGCCUGCUUUUAGAACUAGUCUUCGAAGCAAUAGAAUCGGCGGGGUAUCCAAUGCAAUCCUUGCGCGGCUCGAACACCGGCGUUUUUGCCGGCCUAAUGGGUACAGAUUAUUACGACAUACAGAUGAGGGACCCAUUGUACGUAUCCCAAUACCAUGCCACCGGAACUGCACGCAGUAUUCUCUCCAACCGGAUAUCUUACUUCUACGACUGGAAAGGCCCGUCAAUUACUCUGGAUACAGCCUGCUCCUCUAGCCUCGUUGCUGUCCACUUAGCUGUACAAAGCCUGCGCAACGGCGAAUGCGAUGUUGCCAUCGUAGCUGGUGUCAAUCUCAUCCUGGGCCCUGAGAUGUUCAUCUCGACCUCCAAUCUCCACAUGCUCUCGUCGAGUGCCCAUUGCAAGAUGUGGGAUCAACAAGCGGAUGGGUAUGCUCGGGCAGAAGGUGCAGUCGUUGUUGUCUUAACGAGGCUUGAGGACGCUUUACUUCGAGGGGAUAACAUUGAAAGCGUUAUUCGUGAGACAGGCGUUAGUUCAGACGGCAGGACUCCGGGGAUUACUAUGCCUUCAGCCACCAGCCAAAUUAAGCUCAUCAGGGAGACUUUCAAGAAAACUGGACUGGAACCGCUCUGGCCUGCCGACCAAUGUCAAUUCUUCGAGGCACAUGGUACAGGUACUCAAGCAGGUGAUGUAGCGGAAGCAGAAGCGAUCAAUUCCGUCUUCUCUAAACGUCAAGGGGGUAAAAGUGAAGAAAUGAAUUCCCGUAUUUAUGUUGGGUCAGCUAAAACCGUUGUUGGACACCUCGAAGGCGCUGCUGGCAUUGUUGGGCUCUUAAAAGCAUCCUUGGCCAUUCAUCACUUAACGAUACCUCCCAACAUGCAUCUGAAUCAAUUGAACACGGCAAUAUAUGGCUUCUCCGACAACUUGAUCGUGCCGACAACGGCGCAGAAUUGGCCUCGAAUUGCAACCGGGAGUCGUCGCAGAGCAUGCGUAAACAGUUUCGGUUUUGGAGGAACCAAUGCGCAUAUCAUCUUGGAAUCAAUCGAUGACCAGAUUUCAAAGACCUGCCCAGCGGAUGAUUGCAUAAAUUCUCGUGGGCCAUUCGUCUUCUCAGCAAUAUCGCCAAGGGCGCUGCGGGAAUUCCUCGAAUCGUAUCGUGAUCUACUUAUCGCAGAGCCAUUGAUCAAUCUCUCGAAGCUGGCGUGGACCCUCUCGCAAAACCGCUCAUCAUUUUCUAACAGAGUUGCAUUGACUGCAAAGAGUACAGAAGAAUUAAUCACGAAAAUAGACGAUAGUAUACGUUCUCUACAGCAACGAAUGGCCACUAUAGAGACAACGACGCGUUCCGGAACUGGCCAUGGGAUCCUUGGCAUUUUCACUGGGCAAGGGGCUCAAUGGCCUUUGAUGGGGCGCGCAUUGCUUCUACAUUGUGCUACUUUCGCGAGUGCAAUCCAGAAACUCGAUAAUUUUCUCCACACACUCUCAAGUUGCCCUGAAUGGAACAUUGCAGAUGAGUUGAGGAAGGCUCCAGUAGAAAGUAGAGUGCAUGAGCCCGCGUUUUCUCAACCCUUAUGUACGGCAGUCCAGAUAGGGCUCAUCGAUGUACUUUAUGAUUCCGGACUUCAAUUUGAUAUGGUCAUUGGGCACAGCAGCGGGGAAAUUGCAGCCGCAUACGCUGCUCGUUGCGUGUCCGCUGAGGAUGCGAUACAGAUUGCUUAUUAUCGGGGCCAAGCUGUAGCAAAACCCUGCGCGCAUGAUGAGCAAUCAACAUUGAUGAUGGCAGUCAGUUGCAGCGUACGCGAAGCGUUGAAUGUUUGCGAGGACAGCCGAUUCGUUGGCAAGAUUUUCGUCGCCGCCCACAACUCCCCGUCAAGCACGACAGUCUCUGGAGAAGCCGAAGCUCUAGCUGAUGCUAAGGAGUAUCUUGAAUCUCAAGGAAUAUCCGCUCGCAUGCUGCGAGUAGGCCGUGCGUACCACUCGCCCUUUAUGUCAGCGUACUCUUCGCAGUAUCUCACCGAUCUACAAGCAUGCUGCAUCAGAUAUCAACCAGCUUCUGGGCCAGCCUGGAUAUCUUCUGUUCAUGGAUACCCCAUGGAUAUAGCUUCGGAUUCGUUGAAUGAUAUGCAUUGGUUAGACAACUUAGUGAACCCUGUGCUUUUCAUGGAAGCUCUCGAGCAGGCGAUGGAAGACCAUGGACCGUUCCCCGCUGCUCUAGAGAUCGGUCCGCAUCCAGCCCUGGAAUCGCCGAUUAUCCACACAGUCCUGAAAUCUUCUGGAAGCGCGAUUCCUCACCAUGGCACACUGGCGCGUGGUUCAGACGACUUUGACGCUCUCAUGGAAGCGCUCGCAUUCCUUUGGUCAAUUGAAAAUCCUCCUUCAAUCGAUCUAUCCAAAUUCUGGAGAGCAUGCAAAGGCGUCGGCUUCAAACCUCCUCUGAGGCUAAAAGACCUCCCCAACUAUCCUUGGGAUCACUCGGUGUCAUACUGGAGAGAAUCCAGAAUUUCGAGAGAGUUUCGUCUCUCUGGUCAGCCUUUUCAUCCACUACUGGGCGUGCAGACAAGCGUUUUUGAUGGUCAGAUACAAUGGCGGAACAUCUUGCGUAUCGAGCAUAUUCCUUGGGUCAAAGGUCAUGUGGUGCAGGGUGAGAUUCUCUUCCCAGCUGCAGCCUACUGCUCAAUGGCACUCGACGCAUCACUUGUGAUCUCGGAGGGCCGUACUAUCAACAUGGUGGUACUGGAGGAUGUACACUUCGAAGCUCCUUUGUCUCUUGGUGAUGAUCAGCAAGGCGUGGAGAUUUGCUUCACUUUGCGAAAGCUAAAUGGAGAACACGAUGAUACCUUUGCUUCCGCAGACAAAACCCUGGAAGCUGAGUUCUCUUGCAUCGCAGGAAAGGCAGGAAGUUCACAUUCUCUCCGCCGAAUGGUACGAGGCAAAGUCCGGAUACGUUUCGGCUUACCUUCGCCAGAUCUGCUACCUUAUUCAUGUCCAAGCUAUUCUGGACUGCGCUGCGUUCCCACCCAAGACGUUUACCACCAUCUUUCUACAAUUGGUUUGGAAUUUGCUGCCAUGUUUCAAGGGCUUACUUCAGCACAUCGCAGGCUCCACCACGCUCAGGUCACUGCAGAAAAGCCUAUGAGCAGGUUUCAUCUACAUCCUGUACUUCUCGACUGGUAUUUUCAGUCAAUGCUUGUCGCAUAUGCGGCACCAGGUGAUAGCCUUUGGGCUCCAUUUUUGCCACAGCAUAUCGAAAGGAUCAGGCUGAACCCACUGGCGUGGAUGAAUAGUGAUCUAGUACCUCAGAGCGUCCACAUCAUAUCUGACAUCACGGCCGUCCUUCCAUCUCAGGAGAACCAGUCGCCAGUUAUCGUUGGCGACAUAGGAGUCGCUUCGCUAAACGCAUCCCGUACCGAAUUACAAAUUGAGGGGCUGAAAUGCGUUGCACUCUUCGCCAGUCCACCUCAAGAUGACUGCAUGCUGUUUAGCCAAAUGGCAUGGAAGCCCUGUAUUAGCAAUGGCAUUGUUCUCGAUUAUGACGCCCGCAAGCAUUUUGAUGUGGAUACAGCUCUAGUUGAAGCAUGCGAAAGAAUUUCACUAUAUUUCUUUAAGCAGCUGCGGAUCCUGGUGGCUGACUACGAAGUGCCAACUCAACACCGUCCUUUAUUUGACUUCAUUGAUUACCUUCUUCCAACUGUCAAGGAGGGCAAGCACCCGACCGCCAAAGCGGAAUGGUUUCAAGACGAUAUUAAAACAAUUGAGAAUCUCUCUGCUCGAUAUUCGGAAUCUGUGGAUGUCCAACUCAUUUCCGCAGUUGGACAUAGAAUUGCGGAUGUUGUUUGCGGCUCUACUAACAUGUUAGAACAUAUGCUCGCAGACUCAAUGCUAGGCCGGCUAUACACAGAUGGCAUCGGACUUCGGGCUAUGAAUGUUGGCCUAUCAUCUGGAAUCGCCCAGAUUGCGCAUCGAUACCCACGUAUGAAUAUCCUGGAAAUUGGCGGUGGAACAGGAAGUGCAACAGCAAGCGUCCUAGCCUCCCUCGGGAACACCUUCACUUCGUAUACCUUCACCGAUAUCUCUUCCGGCUUCUUUCAGUCAGCCCAGGAGAGGUUCCGAAAAUGGACUGGCAAAAUUUCAUACCGCACUCUGGACAUCGAGCAAGACCCCGACGUUCAAGGGCUAAAUUCCGAGACUUAUGAUCUUAUCAUUGCAUCAAAUGUCCUCCACGCUACACGAUAUCUAAACGCAACUAUGAGGAACGUUCGCAAACUACUACGUCCGGGAGGCUAUCUCGCCAUGGUCGAGUUUUCAGGCGAUGUACUCCGGAUUGGUUUCAUGGUAUGCGGACUGCCUGGCUGGUGGCUUGGUCAGGAUGAUGGACGCCGCUUUAGCCCAAAACUAACUUGCAAUCAAUGGAAUGAUCUACUAAAGUCUACUGGGUUCUCUGGAACCGACACUAUACUGCACGACAGCUCUAAUCUUUCGCUCCACGCCUUCUCAGUUAUCAUCUCGCAAGCCACCAACACCGACUUUGAACGUAUCAGGACUCCGUUAAGGUGUUCUCACCCUUCACUAGCCGAUGCUCCGAUAUUGAUUGUCCGAGGACAGCAGGCAUUCUCGACUUCGUUGAUGCCGGAGAUGCAGGCCAUGCUCGAAAGUUCUAGCAAUCAUGUCAUAAUUGUGGACUCUUUCGACGAUGUUAGCGCCGAUUAUCUUGCACUUAAUCCCCAUAUCAUAUUGUUUGAAAAUUCGGAUUGCCCAAUUCUCGGAUCCAUGACAUUUCAGUCGCUACGGGUGCUCCAAAAUCUCGUCCGGCGGGCUCGGACGAUCCUGUGGCUUACAACCGAUCGCGAAACGAACAAUCCAUACUCUAAUAUGAUCGUUGGACUCGUCCGUUGCAUAAGCAAUGAGAUGCCAGAUCUCGCUAUGCAAGUACUUGACACGGAUUGUAAGUCCGAUACUACAAUUUCUCUCAUUAUGGAAGCCUUUCUCCGCUUAGUCACAGCGCACCAUACGAAAUCUAACACACUCUGGACUGCUGAGCCGGAACUUGCCGUGAGGGACGGCCGACUCAUGAUACCUCGGAUUCUUCCUAUCUCAGAGAUGAACGACCACUCUUGGGACCCAACAGUGACCGUUUUCAUCCGGAAGUCAUCCUUAUUUGCAAUACGCAUAUGCAAAACUGUCUCGCUGUUUGUAGUCGUCGGCACUGUAAACAGUAGCACCCAUCGCGUACUAGCUUUUAGCCAUUCGAAGGAAAGCGUGGUGAGUAUCCCGCCAUCAUGGACCAUAGAAGUAUAUGACCCACACGCCAGCGAUGACACCAUUUUAGUCAAUGCCAUUUACUACCUUAUUGGGCAUAGUCUGGCUGGUAAAGUGUUAGGAAGAAAGUUAUUGUUCCACAACGGUAACAAACAAUUGGCUGAGUACUUGCGCAGCAACUGGAGUAACAACUGGAGUAAUCAAACAGCCGGACCUGAAAUCUUCACUUCAAUUUUCGACGUCACCGGCGAUGAUUAUCAUUCAGAUGUCAUUCUCCAUCCACACUCCACCAAGCAGCAAAUCAAGGCAAGCCUGCCUUCGGGAUUAGAUUCAUUCAUUGACCUCUCAGCAAAUGAGGGUGAAAGGGAUAACACGACUCAAAUUGUGGCAAGCCUUCCUUCCUCAGCCCAGAUUAUCUGUACACACGACCUCGUCUCGACCAAUUCUAUAUAUCCAGGCGAACAAGCAACGUUUAACGCAAAACCAUUUUUGAAGAAUAUCAUAUCCCGGUUCAGUGACACAAAUUUCGAAGUGUACAAAGCGCCACUGGGGUCUCCAAAGUCAAUACUAGGACUCGUAGACUGCAUAGGCCCUAUGAAAGAGCCAGUCAUAGUUCGCCCACCUGAUCCGCGGUCUCUUUUCACAGCUGAUAAAACAUACUUGCUGAUUGGGAUGACCGGUGAUAUGGGCCGCUCCAUCUGCAGGUGGAUGGUGGACUCCGGUGCUCGCAAUGUGGUGAUGGCGAGCAGAAACCCGUCUCCUCAGAAGACCUGGUGUGAAGAUCUUACUCGUGCAGGCGCGACAAUUGUUAUCAGGACGCUAGAUGUGUGCGACAGACAUGCGCUGAAUUGCAUGCUGGAAGAGCUUCAUGGCCAUCUUCCUCCGGUUGGUGGUGUCGCGCAUGCCGCGAUGGUGCUCUCAGACACUACUUUCGCAAACAUGACAUUUCAAGACUGGGAAAAGUCCUUUCAGCCCAAGGUAAUUGGCUGCAACAACUUGAACAAUGCCCUCAAAGACGAUGAUAUUGAAUUCUUCAUUCUACUUUCAUCCCUUGCUAGCGUCGUGGGUAAUAUUGGCCAAAGUAACUAUGCUGCCGCAAAUAUGUUUAUGACACCCAUAGCACACCAAAGGCGUAGUCGCGGCCUUGCAGCUUCAGUAAUCGAUCUUGGAAUGAUUAUUGGCGUGGGAUACAUGAAUAAAGCGGGGCCCGAACAAAUCGAGACGAUGGAGAAACGGUACGACUAUAUGAAAAUUUCCGAAGCGGACCUGCACAAUAUCUUCACCCAGGCAAUCAUUGCAGGACGGCCCAACUCAGGCUACCCAAUCGAGCUCAUAACUGGAUUGAGGCCAGCCUCAGGGUCUCGAAAACCAUUUUGGUAUGAGAAUCCGGUAUUCUCUCAUCACCGGGCAAUAAAAGUGAGAAAGCGAGACAAGGACCCACAAUCAUCCGAAAAGGUUACGUUGGUUCAGCACCAGGUUCUCAAUGCCGCAAACGAGCAGGACGCACUCGAUAUUGUCCUCCCGAUCUUUUCUGCCCAGCUUGCGCAGAUUCUUCAACUCCCAUUAAAUCACAUCAAUCUAGACAGGCCGCUUGUAGAACUUGGAGUAGAUUCUUUGAUAGCUGUAGAGAUAUCGUCCCGAUUUUUCAGAGACUUUGGGCAUAGAUUAUCUGUGCUGAAGAUCUUAGGUGGUCUAUCGGCCUACGAAAGUGAGUUGGGGAAGAUAAAUGGAGAAGCAAAUGCUAACUUGUCACUACAGUAUGUCAAAAUGCUAUCCUGCCAACAAGAGCCGCGCAACUACAUAAUAUGGCGACGUCUAUUCCAUCUCAUCACCAAGAUAUCAAUGGCAGUCCGCAACGAUAUCUUCCUAAUAUCGCCUCCUGCGACGAGCCAGAAGUUAGCGGCCGCUGGGCAGGAGGAAAUCGAAAGGAGUGUCCAGAACAACGGUGAUUUAGCAUUUCGAAAGCAAGGCAGAUUAUCUUCGAGGCAAUCUCGCGUAUGGUACUUGAUGGCUUGUUUCGAUGACCCGACCAUUUACAAUUGCACGUGGAUGUACGACAUCGUUGGGCGGAUCGACCCUAUUAGGCUUCAGAUGGCCAUCCAGUUCGCGUUUCAGAGGCAUGAAUCACUACGAUCCGCAAUAUUUGUAGAAGACAAGUCAGGAGAAGUUCUCCAAAGCGUGUUGCCCACUUCACGUCACCUAUGGAGUCACCAGAUACUCACGAGCGAUUUCAACUCCACGCCUGAGUUUGAGCGAAAGAGGCAGCAUAUUUAUGAUCUCCGGAACGGUAUUACUAUCGCCGUUACACUCCUCUCCUCGUCUAGCGCCCUGCAUCAUCUCAUUGUCGGCUAUCAUCACAUUAUCCUUGACGGGACAGGAUGGCAAAUCGUGCUGCGGGAUAUCGCACAAAUGUAUAGCUCCGUGGAUACCUUACCCCCGCCCACAGCGCAAUAUCUUGACUUUGCUCAUGAUGACCAACUUUAUUCUGAAAAAGACAUCAACUUCUGGAAGAAUCAACUUGAUCCAGCACCGGCUCCGUUGCCGCUUUUCCCGUUUGCCCGAAGAAGGCAUAGGAGGCCGCUCAACUGCCCGUCUAUUCACAAUUACAAGAGAGCUAUGUCUGAGGAAAUAUGCAAGACAGUUCGGAAGCUAUGUCAGUCUCUAGGGGUCACAAUGAUGCACUUUCAUUUGGCAGUCCUGCAGACUAUGCUAUCGAAAUUUACAGACACAACGGAUUUUUGCAUUGGCAUGGGUGAUUCAAGCCGGCACAAUGAGCGCUUUGCAGGAGUAGUCGGGUUCAUGACCAAUCUGCUCCCUUUGCGCCUAAAACUCCAGGAUGACAUCUCGUUUGCAGACAUUGUGCGACGUGCGAAGCUCGUAGCUCUUUCGGCUAUGGAGCACUCUGCGGUCUCGUUCGACAUAUUACUCUCAAAACUCAAUAUCGAGAGAGAUGAUUCACACACACCUUUGGUUCAGGUUUGCAUCAAUUACAUUUCAGGAUUCACCCGAGAUAUUACACUUGGAGAUGCAGUCCUGAAAUACAAUACAUCUGCGGACGCACUUCAACCUCAAGAUCUCGUCCUUACCAUUCAAGAGGAUGAAGAUCAUCACAUAACUUUACACUUCGCCGUUCAGGAUGACCUGUAUACUGUAGAACAUGCGGAAUUGAUGGCGGACAUCUAUAUCACUAUUCUUGCGACGGCGUCGAAAGAUCCGUAUCAACAUGUUAUAGAUAUCGACUAUCUUCAAGACUCGCAAAGAGAAAGAGGAAGGGAGCUAGGAACUGGCCUGGUCGUUCCACAGCUGUCAGGGAGUAUUUAUGGCUUCAUUGACAACGUUGUAUCUCGCUACUCCAAUUGCUUGGCUGCGAAGGACUGGAGAGGCAACAGCAUUACCUACACGCAAUUACUUAAGAAGGCAAAUACCAUUACCAGGGCCCUGUUAGCCUACGAUGUGGACAGAGGCACUGCAGUCAGCGUACUCGGUGACCCCACACUAGAUCUUUUAUGCGCCGUCGCGGCUAUAUGGCAAUUUGGGGCCAUAUAUGUCCCUAUCAACAUCGGAAACCCAUUUGAGCGAAACUCGACCAUCAAGCAAAAUUGCAAGAGCACUAUUGCACUGGCUGUUGGAAAUGCUGCCCUUUUUGCUGCCCGACGACUUCAAUUUGAAGUUAUCCUCGAUGUCCCAGUUAUAAGCAUUCAAACGGUUGGAUCAGAAAUUAUACACAGCCAUUCCGGCCCCGAGUCGAUCGCGGCUAUCCUUCAUACCAGUGGCUCGACCGGCGCUCCAAAGGGUGUUGUGUUGACUCACGGCAACCUUUUGACACAGGCUACUGCUAUUAAGCAUGAAGUUCCUUUGACUCAGCCUGUCGUUCUUCAGCAAAGUGGCAUUGAAUUCGACGCCUGGCUUUUCGAAAUGCUGGUCGCAUUCACUUCCGGUGGUAUACUCAUUAUGACCUGCGCCCGCCAUGACCCUGAGGCAAUCGUUCAUCUCAUUCUAACUGAAAAGAUAAAUGUCACAUUUGGGGUUCCGUCAGAGUACUUGCUGUGGUUCCAAUACGGCUCGGAUACCCUCCAAAGGACCGAAUGGCGACUUGCGUUCUGCGGAGGUGAAUCCAUGACCGAAAGUGUCCUUAAGGGUUUCGCGGCUCUCGGGCUUAAAGAACUGGAGCUUGUCAAUGGCUAUGGUCCUACCGAAGCUUCCUUCUGCUGCUCUAUGGGAGCAGUCUCUUAUCAUUCGACUGAAGUCUUGUUCCCAGUGUCUAUCGGAUCGGCAUUGCCAAAUUAUGAGGUCUUCGUUGUGGAUAAAGACGGGCGUCCCCUUCCAUUUGGUUGGAUUGGCGAAAUUUGUAUAGCAGGUCCCGGAGUUAGCCUGGGUUAUACCAGUGACUACUCAAAUAUCACCAACAGUGAUUCACUCAACCACGAGCAAGUAGGAAGGCACAGGACGUAUAGGACAAGAGACCAGGGGCGGAUGCAUGAAGAUGGCUCUGUUACCUUUCUAGGGCGCAUUAGUGGCGACUAUUCGAUUAAGUUGAGAGGGAACCGAGUUGACUUGAUGGAUGUCUCCAAUACAAUAUUGAGGACAUCGAAAGGCGUCGUGUCGGAAUGCGCCACUGUCCUCAGGCAAGCAGAAAGUCCAUAUCUCGCAGCGUUCUUUGUUUUACAGAAAGGCUGCCCUGCUACUGCCCAACAUUCACUGGCGAAGAUGAUGGAAACUCUUCCAUUACCAACCUACAUGCGGCCAGCCAGAGUAGUAGAGUUAAAGGCUUUGCCACUAUCGGGGAACGGAAAAGUCGAUCUUCAAGCGCUCCAAGUCAUACCACUACCUGAGGCCGCCGAAUCCGCCGAAUCACCCACACCACUUACUUCCAUUGAGGAGACUAUAGUUGAGAUUUGGGAAGAAGUCUUGACGAAAACGUUACAUCCUACUAGGUUAUCUGUGACGAUGGAUUUUUUCUCAGCUGGUGGUAACUCCAUACUGUUACUGAAGGUCCUCGAGAAGUUACGGCAAAGGAUGAAACUUAAUCUUGGCCUCCGAGACUUGCUCAGAAACCCUACAAUAACAGGAAUGGCCGCUGCCACUCUUAAUUGUGUUACAAACACCUACGACUGCAAAGUUCAUCUCACUGACACAAGCAUUGACUGGGAAGCCGAAACUUCGCUUACAGGCAUUGAGCCUCCUAUCCAAGAACCUACCAGGGCUUUAAAAGCCAAGGAUGGCGUUGUGGUGCUUCUCACGGGCGCGACAGGUUUUCUCGGUCUCUCGAUUCUUGGUUGCUUGCUGCAGGCCCCUAAAAUCACAUCGAUCCACUGUGUUGCAGUGAGAUCAGUGGAGAAGCUGCCCGGGCAUGUUAUCCACAGCCACAAAGUCACAGUUCACAAAGGAGAUCUUUCGGAAAUCCGAAUUGGCCUUUCCAGCGACAUCUUCACAAAUCUUUGCUGCACAGUCGAUGUCAUCAUUCAUUAUGGCGCCGCAGUAUCUUUUGUCCAGCCUUACGCCUCACUACGUACUCCAAACAUCUCUUCAACGAAAGAGCUCAUUUGUUUAGCCUCACGACGGCGGAUUCCUUUCCACUAUGUAUCCUCUGCCGGUGUUGCACAGUUCAUGUCUCUCACAUCCUUCCCAGAGAUCUCAGUAGCAGGGCACGAACCACCUGAUAGCACCGACGGUUAUUUAGCUAGCAAAUGGGUUUGCGAAGUUCUAUUGGAGAACACACAUGCACAACUGGGAAUCCCAGUCGUCACUCAUCGCCCCACUAGUAUCAUUAACCAUGAUUACUGGGUCAUACAGGCGCGCGACAAAGUACCUGAUAUUCCAAAGAAUGACGUUCUCCAAAAUUUAGUUCAGUAUUCGUUGAAGAUAGGAGCUGUCCCCACCCUCAAGACCUUGACUGGGUGUUUCGAUAUCGUGCCAGUGGAUACAGCUGCGAGGACGAUAGUGCGCGAUGUUUUCUGCGAAUGGUCCGAAGGUGUUACGUACUUGCAUAUUUGUGGUUCAAUGAAGGUAUCGGUGCACGAGCUUGCAGAUUUUCUUACUAAGAAGUGUGGGCGGAGGAUUGAGAAGAUCGCGCUUGAGAACUGGACUCAGAGGGCGAGAAAGCUUAGUAUGAGCGAGGAACUAGUGGAAUGGUUUAUAGAUCUGGAUGGCGAAACGCGAGUCCUGCCUAACAUUGUAAGGAAGCUCGGUGGAAUUCCUUAG